UCUUAUAACAUUUUCUGUAAAAACAAUAAGAAAAAAUUAAUUUAAAAAAACAAAAACAAAACAAAAAAAAACAGUCAAAUUAAAGUUUAUUAUACGAGUUUAGAAGUUUCGUUAAAAAUGCACUUGAUUUGGUAUGUAACUUGUUUUCUUAUUGGUUGUAUUCCGGUCACGUGGUGCGUUAACGUAACAAGCAAUGGUCAACCAAGAGUGAUGUUAAUCCGAGUUGUUCCAAACACGACGCAACAAUUAGAAUUUUUAAAAACUUUUAAGCAACAAAAGCAUGGUCUCCGACUGCAGCUUUGGAGACAUCCUGAUGUUAUAGAGCGCCAUGUUGAUAUAUGGUUAUCAGGAAGUUCGUAUGAUGCAUUUGAGAAAGUUUGUAUAAAGAAAAAAAUUAAUUUUGAAAUUGUGCAUAACAACAUCUACAACGAAAUAAAGAAAGAAAACAUUUCUAUGAAGAAUAUUGAAGAUUUUGAAGAUUAUUAUCAAAGAUUUGAAGAGAUAGAAGGAGAAAUAAAAAGACUAAGUAUUGUUUUUAAUACUUCCACAACCUUAGAAAUUAUUGGAAAAUCAUACGAAGGAAGGAACAUAUAUUCUUUAAAGAUUCAUAAAAAUGCAUCCGAUGAGAAGCCGAUCAUAUUUAUCAACUGUGGUUCGCAUUCCAGAGAAUGGCUGGGCAUAGCAGCAUGUCAGUAUACAAUGAGGAGGAUACUGUUCGAUCAACAAUAUGACGACUACAUCGCUGCCAUGUUGAAAGAUUUUGACGUUGUCAUAGUACCGGUAUUAAACCCUGAUGGAUAUGUGUUCUCUCAUAGAGAUAGGUACAGGCUUUGGCGAAAAUCGCGGUCACCGACUCCUGAAUCACAUUGUUUUGGUGUAGACAUCAACAGAAAUUUUGACUACAGAUGGGGAGGUGGUGGUUCGUCCCGUGAUCCAUGUGAUGAAAUAUAUUGUGGUACUAGGCCAUUUUCAGAGAACGAAUCCCUGGCUCUAGCAAGAUAUUUGUAUAAACACCGAAGAAAACUAAAAGCUUUCAUGGACGUCCAUACUUAUGGUCAAAUGUGGAUGAGUCCAUGGGGUUAUACUAAAAUGCUCCCUCGACAUUAUGUAGAGCAGAGGCGAGCAAUGAGAGCUAUUCAACAAGCUAUCGAGAAAGCUGGGAAAGUUCGAUACAGGAUUGGCACGUCUUCAACCACGUUGUAUCACACCAGUGGCGAUGCGCUAGACUGGGUGUAUGGUAGGCUAGGUAUAUUAUACACAUUUGCAAUAGAACUUCGUCCAUCGCUUCGUGCUAGAAGAGGCUUUCGACAUACCAGAUUGGCCAUUGCUCCUACUGGAAAAGAUCUUUUCUCUGGAUUGACCACAUUGGCUAGCGUCAUAGUUAGCAAAAAUAACGCUCGUAAAAAGCAUUAUUAAAAUACAAAUUUUCUUCUCUUUUCUGUGUUUUUCUUUAGCUGCCACUGUUUAUAAGUAACUAUUUGCGUGCAAAAACCAUUGUGAUCCACGUUAAGACGGUGGCAGAGUCGUUUGCUUUCCCCUAGACUAGUCUAGAAGUUUUUGUAGCGGCGCCCGAGAACUUCUUCUGCAGUUAGUGCAGGCGAAUUUUUUUUAUAAAAGAAAAAGAGAUAUAUAGUGAAUUACUUUUCUCUGAACUGUAAGUAGCACGUCGAUAUGAUUGACAAAAUUUUGUUAUAAUUAAAUAUAUUUUAUAUACAUACUUUUA